AUGGAUAUUAACUUGUAAACUCCAUUAGAUUAUCCCUUAACAAUAUAACUUUCUGAUGAAUAAAUAAUUGUAAAAUUAAUAUCUUAUUUUAAAGCCAUUUAAAGUUAUCGUAAAGUGUGAAAAUAUUAAAUUAGCAUUAUAUGUAAAAAUUAUACUUAUCUCAGACUUAUUAAAGACCAGUAAUCAAAACUGAUAGAUUUUUAUUUGAAUUAAUUAAUGAAAGAAAUCUUAAGCAUUUAGCAAACGAUAUUGAAGAUUUUAAGAUAUAGUUAUAAGAGGAAUACGAAAAGUAGGAACAAUUCGAAGAUAGAUAUGAAGCUACUUGUAAAAUAUUUUUAGGAACUUAAUAUUUAAAAGUAUCAAAUAAAAAAAGAAAAUAAGAUAAUGUUUAAAGUUACCAAAAUAAGACUUAAUAGUUUCAAUAGAAAGAAUAUUUAAAAAGUUAAAAGUUCUUAUAAACUAAUAUAAAACUGUAGCAAGACUCUUAAGAUUUUAAACCUGAUUAAAAUUGUAUGCCUUAAAAAGUAAUGAUUAUUAAUAAACAUUUUAGUAAGUUUAAUAUUAUUAGAGUACUUCUAAGAAAACCUUAGUUUGUGGUGUUUAUGAGAAUGAAACUUAAUCUUAGAUUAUUGAUUUUAUUAAAUCAUUUGAAGACCAGAACGUUGAUUUAGUCAUACUUUGUAAUGGAAUUGAUUCACUAGAAAUAAAGCUUAAAGAAUGCUUAUUUUUGAAUCAUAUGAAAUCUACAUUAAUAACAAUGGAAAUAUAAAGGAAUUAAUAUUCAGUAGAUAAUGCUCUAAUAUUAUAAUAUAACUAAAAUUAAGAUAAUCUUCCUAGAGUAAUAUUUAUUAUUAAAUACUUUAAAUCAUCAAAUUAUGAUUUAUAAAGAUGGAUAUAUAAUGGAAUUGGUAAAUAUUUUGAUCCUGAUUAUUUUUUUGUUACUCAAUGUUCUCUAAUCUAAUAAAAGGAUUCGAUUUCAACAUAAAUCAAUUCUAUAAUCAAUAGAAAUUUAUGUGCAACUACAGGUACUAUCUUAUAUAAUUAAAUUUCUUCUUGGAAUCCAUUAAAUAUCGAUAAUACAUUUUUAUUAGAUCAGACAAUAGAUGAACUUGAAAAUAUAUCAACAAAUAAAUUAUUUUCUAUUGCAAUGGAUCAUAAUCCUUUUUUCUGUUUUUAUAAUUGGCAAAAAGUUAAACAAUUUAUUGAUCCAUACUUAUAAAAAAUUAUUAAAUCAGAAUGUGAUUAUGUUUAGAAUAUAAUUUUAUAAGGUGUAAAUUACAUAUUACCAAGUUUAGCUGCUGAAAAAGGAUUAUUUUUUGGAAAAUCAGAUAAUAUAGUUGCAUAAGCAGAUUAUAGUGCUUCAUUAUCAAAAAAUAUGAAUGCGUUAAGAAAAAGAAAAAAUUCUAAAAUUUAUGCUUAUUCUUAGUUUUAAGAAACUUAUUCCUCAUAAAGUUCAAAUUGGUAGAUCAAUAGUUUUACUAAAAUAAUUUAAUAAAUUGUCUUAAAUUUGAUGUGUUUAUAUUCUAACAUUAAUAAUUGCUUUAGUAUAAGUGCAAUAAUAUUCAUCUUUGCUUAAAGUUCAUAUGAUUUUUUUGGGAAUGCAUUUGAUCAUUAUUAUUUAUAUAUUUUGAAAUUGUCAAUACCUGCCUUAUUUAUUUUCACUGUAGUUAUAUUUUUAAUUUUUGCUAUUUUAUUUACAAGUUAAUAGAAAAUAGCGAGAUCAAAAGGAAUUAAAGAACCAAUUUAUAUUACUGGAAAUUUAGUUUUACAUAUAAUUCAUAGUCGUUCUUUUAACUAUUGUUCCUAUACAAUUGAAAAUUUAUAACAAACAGCUUUUUUGAAUGUAGAUGACUAUGCUUAAGGAAAAUUCAAAUUUAUUGGAUCCUCUCCAAAUCGAAAUGUUUUGAAUUUGUUUCUUGAAUAUGAAAAAUCUAUUUAUUGUGCUUAUUCAUAUGAAACAAAUAAUAUUCUAGAAUAAAUAUUAAAAGAAGCUUAAUAAAGGGGUAAAUCUUUUUAAAAAAAUGAUUUUGCUGAGUAUUUUGCUAAAAUAAAUAUUAAAAACCUUUGUUUUAUUUAUUAAAAUUAGAAGGAAGAUGCUUCUUAAUAAUAUACUAUAUUAUUUUAUUGGUUGGGAAUUUUCAAUUUUAUCUUUUUGGCAUUAUUUGUUUUAAAUUUAGUUUUCAAUUACUAUUUUAAAGUUAAAGAAACAUAUAGAUUAUUAGUUUGUGCUAGUAUUUUAAUAAUAAUUUUAGAGAAAGCAACAUUAAUGCUCCUAAAUUCAUCACGCAUGUCAAUUUUUAUAAAAGGAUAUUUGAGUAAUUUAUUUUACUUUUUGGUUUUAAAUUUUGGAAUGAGAUUUUAUGAAAAAAUAAAUACUGAUAAAAAUAAUGAAAGUGAGAAAAUUAUGGAAUUUUAUUAUAUAAAAGUUCAAUCAUUUGCUAGUUGGAUAUCAUAUAAUAUCGCUUUUAUAUUUAUUUGUUUUAUGAUUGAAGCAUAUUAUGAUUUUUGUGGAUAUGUAUUACUAUUUUUUUUAUGUUAUUUUGCAGCAUGCUCUUUAUUGACUAUUAUUUUUAAUUUGAUAUCAAAAUUCUUUUGUUUUUAUUUGAAGAAUGCAUAACAUGAAAAAAAUUAAUUAUAUAAUGAAUCUUAAUAAUUUUAAAUAGAAUAAUUUACAUUAUCUGAAAAAACAAAUUAUGAAGAUUAAUUUUUAAAAAUAUAAUAGUAAGCUAAUUAAAAUUUUUAUGAAUCUCAAAUAAAAUUAUAGGAUGAAUUAAGACUACAAACUAUGAAUUUUAAAAAGUAGAACAUGCUGCCUAUUAUAUAAGAGAACUCUUAAUAAUAGAGUUUAUAAAAUUCAUCUUGUUAAUUAAAGAAUGAAAAUAUAUUACAAAAUUAUGAAAAUGAUGAUGAUGAGGAAAGGAUGUUACAUUCAAAUUUGCGAAUAACAAAUUGA